GCCUUGUACCCUUUCGGAGACCAUUACAGGCACACUGCAACGUGCAAUCUUGUUGUUGUUAGCUACAGAGCUAGCUACUAUUAUUACAAACUAGCGCUACCUUUUCUGCUAUGGCAGACAGAAGUCAAGUGUGUUCAAUAUGGGUGGGAUCGGAAACAGGGAUUCUGAAAGGUGUCAGCCUAUCCAAAAAACAGGCUUUCAAUUUCUGUGAGAUGAGUUGUCUGAGCCGAGACCAGGAGGUGUGCGCGCUGUGCUGGGGUGACCAACACGAGACCGAGGUCUUGGUGGGCUCGGUAAAUGGUACGGUGAAAACGUUCAGCACUGAGAAAGGAAUCUUCACUGAGACGAGGCAGUGCGGGGACAUCGGCCAGGGAAAGUUCACAGGACUUGCUGUGACAGACAGUUCUCUGAUCACGUGUGUGGAGUCGGGACUGCUGCGGGUGUGGAAGGAAGGAAGCACCGACACAGUAGAAAUCAACGCCGGGAAGAACGUGUGUCGGAUGCGUCAGAACCCUUCACAGCGCCACCAGGUGGCCACGGGGGGGAAGGAUAAUGGCCUGAAGGUGUGGGACUUGGAGAGACCUGACGCAGCCAUAUUCACCUCCAAAAAUGUGCGUAAUGACUGGCUGGACUUACGAGUUCCGGAAUGGGUCAGAGACAUGGCUUUCAUUCCAAACUCUGACAAGAUUGUCACCUGCACAGGUCACCACCAGGUGCGAGUGUACGACCCGUCCUCCCCUCGGAGGCGUCCAGUCCUGGAGGCUCAGUUUGGGGAGUACCCUCUCACUGCCCUGUCCCUGCCCGCCAACCAGGACAGUGUUGUGGUGGGCAACACACAGGGGCAUAUAGCCAUUCUGGAUCUGCGGAAAGGGCUGGUGCGUAGGUGUCUGAAGGGGCUGGCAGGGGGGGUGCGGGGGCUGCAGUGCCACCCCUCCCUCCCUCUGGUGGCUUCCUGCGGUUUGGAUCGCUUUCUACGGGUACACAGCCUGGAGGAUAGUUCUCUACAACACAAGGUGUAUCUGAAGUCACGACUCAACUGUGUGCUCCUGUCCAGCCGAGAUCUCGAGCUGGGGGGCUCUGGAGAGCCAGGUGAUGUGGAGGAGGUGAAGGAGGAGGCUGAGGACGAGGAGGUGUGGAACGCCAUGGAGAAGGUUCAGGAGAAGCCAGAGAAGAGGAAAGGAGAGGAGAUGGAGACUGCCGAAUGUGUGGAAAAGAUUACCAAGAAGAAAAGUGUAGAGAAGAUUACCAAGAAGAAAAGUGUUGAGACGAUUACCAAGAAGAAAAGUGUAGAGAAGAUUAACAAGAAGAAAAGAAAAGUGGUCCAGAAGUGACAGAGCAUGGAGAAAGAGAGGACUGUGAUCUCUGAGACAGGGGAUUAAGAUAUGAACGUGUGCUUAACAAUGAUUAUUCUUUACAUGCGACACAUUGUAUUGCUAUCAACUUAGUUUGCUCAUUUAACUAUCUUCAUUAAAUAUUUGAUCCAUACAAGACUUUGUUUUCCAAAGAUAAAAUGUAUGUAAUCUGAUAUGUUCACAAAAGUUACUUUGUAUUGAAUGUGAUAUUAUGUAAUGUUGAGAAGUGUAUUAGCAACAACAUUAUAAAAUACUGAUAUUCUAUUUUA